AUGUCACGGCCGCUACUGACGAUUGCUUUGUUUGCGUCGGUGUUACUGAGCGUUUUAUUGCAGUCGGCCGACGGUGCGGGAGCGGACUUCGGUGAUCAUAUUUUGCAGCGGGAUGCCGCCACCGACCAAAUACCUGGUCUGUGGUUGUCCGAUCUGUUUUACAAGGCGCUGGCCAACUUCACCUUGCGGUGGGCGGACGGCCCCUCUUGCCGCCGCCAAUCCGCCUUGUACGAGGAACAUUUGAGCAAUCACACCAGUUGGGCCGUCAGAAUGCUAGAAUCUUGGGACCGAUAUCCAGUCGGUAUACUUGCGGGGAACACAUAUCAAAUGGGAGUCUAUGACGAAUGUGUGGAUAUAAGUUAUCCAUUGAAAGGACAGUAUUGUUUGUCUGAAAUAAAAUUAAUUCCUCCUGUAGGAAGAGAUUACAGCUUCAAAAGAACGGAAGAUUUAGACGAUUUUGGUAACAACCAUGCAUGGAAGACCAUACUUGGGUGGGCCGAUUACAAGGACCAAGUGCAACGAAACGUUUUUAAUUUGGGAAUAUGCAUACCGGACGAGUGUUCAGCAUUAGACCUACAGACAUCCCUACAAAGCAAAUUUGACGAGGCGUUUUCUCCUGCACAGUUCAAAGCCGUCGUCAGAGUUGACCCGAUAAAAUGCAGGGUCCGAGAAGAUAUGUAUCCUUACGACACGGCGUAUUAUGUAACUUGGUGGAUAUUUUCACUGAUCGUUCUGAUUUGUUGCGGUGCGACGUUACACCAUUUUAUAAGAAUAUUGUACCAACAAAACACAAAUGAAAACGGUGAAGUGCCAAGUUCAUUUCUCUACGAAUUUUCAUUAAUCGAGUCAAUGAGAACAUUGUUAAAAUUCGACAAAGACAGUAAAUUAAAUUUUUUUUAUAUCUUAAAAGUAAUUACGAUGCUUCCUAUUAUAUUUGGACACAAAUUAUAUGGUUUGGUGUCGAAUCCUAUAAGUAAUCCCAAGUAUAUGGAAGAUAUAUACCUCAACGGACCAGCUAUGUUCUUGACUGGUUUGAACGCCGUUGACCCAUUUUUCUUCGUAAGCGGUUUCAUUAUGUACAAGGGCCUUUCUCGAGAAUUUCAAAAAUCAAAGGCUGAAUCAGUUUGGAAGACACUCUCGAAACCAAUCAUCCAGCGAAUAAUAAGAUUGUUACCGGCUUAUUGUGUGAUGAUGGCGAUCACGGCGCAUUUCGUACCCCACCACGGAGACGGUCCACUGUGGCCAUAUAAGUCGUGGGAAGAAGCCGAGAUAUGUAAGAACUAUUGGUGGACCAACCUGUUGUUCAUAAGCAAUUUCGUUGACGUCAAAUAUCAGUGCCUCAUAAUGAGUUGGUACUUAUCAUGUGAUAUCCAGUUUUUCGUAAUCGGAGUUAUUGUAGUUUACGUUUACACGAAAAACCCAAAAUAUGGAGUCGCAUUGCUUGGCACUAUAAUUGGUUUGUCGAUAUCCGUGCCGUUCAUAAUCACUCUUUUGACAGGAAGAGAAGGAAUGGAUAUGUCUCUUAUACCACACAUAAUGUACCCGAGAAAUAUUUUAUCGUUAAACGAGUCGUACCGACCAAGUUACAUGCGAGCCACGCCAUUCUUUGGCGGUUUGGCAGUGAGCUUUGUAUUGGAAAAACUGAAGGAAAAAAAAGUGAAAUUUUCCCAAACGGUGGUUCAAGGCGGAAUAUUAUCCAUUUGUACGUUUACUUUAUGGGUUCAGUUUUACGGCACUGUAUUCUAUGAGAGAAAUAGACCUUAUUAUCCAUUGGAACACGCCUUGUACUCAACUAUCUGUCAUUGUACGUGGGCAGUAGCGGGCACAUGGAUUAUCAUCAGUUAUUUCACGUCUGGCUACGGUCUACUUGAAAAUUUGAUUAGCAAUAAAUUUAUUAUGAUUAUGGGGAAACUUUCAUACCCCGUUUUGUUGGUGAACAUCACUAUUAUGCAAACAUCUCAGAGUUCGCAGAGGUUACCAGUUCAUCUGUCUUCAAGAUAUGUGAUUGAAGCUUAUCUCUAUGAUGCAUUCAUGUGUUAUCUGAUGGCCAUCAUCUUAUAUUUGGUUGUUGAUGAGCCGUUUGCGAAAUUGACUAAAAAACUAUUUUAUCAAAGGAAAAGUAGAGACUCGUUGAUCAAGAAUGGAACACCGAUCAAAACACCAGCUACUUGCAGCAGUAAAACUGUUAAAAACGACUAA